AGAAGAAAGUGUGCUACAGCCAGCCAGCCACUCCGGCGUCUCUCCUGUUUCAUCUCGAAUUUGGCUUUCUAGCUGCAGCUGCUCCUACGUCCGUAAGCUCGGCUGUGGAAGUGCACCUGCCAUUCGGACGUAGUCGAGGCUGUCAGACAGGGCUUGUCAUCUCCGCGGAAGACGUGGAGCGAGAGGGGAAUGGAGCGGCGAUAGGAGAUUCUUCUUGAUCGGAGCCACAUUAGGGUAGUAGUGUGGUGGACGAGGCGAGGGAGAAAGCUCGAGGAAGCCGACAGGGCGGAAGGGGAGGAGAAUAUGGCAGAAGGGGUGACGCCGCCCUCGGCCCUCGUCGAUUUUGUCGCGGGCACCGUGGCAGGCAUCGCCAGCCUCGUGGCCGGCCAUCCCUUCGACACGGUCAAGACGCGACUCCAGGCCCAAGCCCAAGAGACGAAGGGCUCAAGUGCAAGACCCUCGGCUCCGACGACGUCAACGACCCCGCUGCUGCUGCAGAAUGGCGUCGCUGAUGGGCGGCGAUAUCGCUCCGCGCUGGAUGCGCUGCGGACCAUCGUCAGGGAGGAGAGCGUGACGGGCCUGUUCAAGGGCAUCACCUCGCCCAUGCUCGGCGUGGCCGCCAUGAAUGCAUCCGUCUUUGGCGUCUAUGGGAUAGCACUCCGCUUUCUGGAGAGCCGCGAGCCGACGAUGAAGGAGCCAACGAGCUUGAUGCACAUCUUUCUUGCCGGGUGCGCGAGCGGCGUCGUCACAGCCCUCAUCACAUCUCCAAUUGACCUCAUCAAGAUCCGGCAGCAGCUCUCUUUCCCUGCCUCAGGGGCUACUCCGUCUACAGCAGCCUCUGUUGUCCAGAGACCGCCGACUGCCGAGCCUCGGACAAUCGAUGUCGUGCGCGACAUCUGGAAGAAAGGAGGUCUUCGAGGCCUCUAUCGCGGCUUUGGCUGCACCUGCAUCCGAGAUCUCGGCUACGGCCCUUACUUUCUCGCAUACGAAGUCUUCAAUCGAGCCUUACUUUCCCUUCACGACGGCCGAGACGGCCAACCUCGUAGGCUGACCAGCCUGGAGCUGGCCCUCUCGGGAGGGUUAGCGGGCCUUGUCGGCUGGCUAUCGACCUUUGGCGCUGAUGUCGUCAAGACGCGUGUUCAGGCAACUGACGCGCCUCCGUCGUCUUGGUCAUCGUCGCUGUGGCCGCCGAAGAGCGCCUUUGCCCGUGCAGCCGCGCAGACGUAUCGCGAAGGCGGAUCUAAGGCCUUUCUUGCCGGCGUUGGACCUACGAUUGUCCGGGCGUUGCCGGUGAAUGCGGUCCUGUUCAUCACCUUUGAAUCGACGAGAGACGCCUUACAGAAGUGGGGCUUAUAGACUGUCUCCUGUAUAUGGUGUACUGAUAGAAAGAGCAAUAGAUACAGAGGGGGC